CAAGCGCCUUCCAGCACAGGAUGAGAAAGUUUCGCAAUUGUCGCGUAAAAAGAACCUUCGCUUCCAUCUUCGUCUUGGUAAUUAUUGCAGCGUACAUCACUCUCAACAAGAGUAUCAACCAAAACACUAAAAGGAACGUCAGAACAGAUGAACGAGACCCAUACAGGUUCCAGCUACAGCACGCGGCGUGGGUCUGGAACGAUGACGUCGUAUACGUCGAAGAAAAAAGUCGAAAACCCAGAGAAGUUCCCACAGAUGAGUCACCCCAAUUUGAGGUGAUCACUCAUACUAACAAAUCUGCUUCUCUUGCUCAAGAGGGAACUGACUAUGGCCAGAAUAAAUUCCUUGGUCUUGAAGGCGUGGAGGAUUAUAUCUUGAGUAAGGAUGAUUAUCGUGAACAACGAAAAGUACCCAAUAGAAGGAUAGAGAAGUGCAAGUUCCCACUAUUUAACAUCCUAUUCUUAAAGACUCAUCACACCGGAAGUGACAUCAUAACUAAUAUCCUCAAUCGCUUCGCCGACCUCCGUGAUCUUAGGGUAGCGAUCCCAAACGGUGGCGUCUCGACAUUCUAUUGGCCAGCUCGUUUCCAUUGGCGACACCUUGAUUUAUCAAUACAUGACGGGGUAUUGCCAAACAUCCUUUGCAAUCAUGCUCGCUUCAAUGGUGAAAUUAUGGACCAAAUCAUGCCUCAGGGAACUGUAUAUUUAACUAUGUUACGUAACCCGGAGACCCUCUUCGAAUCUACCUUCGAUCAUGAACACUUUACAGCUAUGCUGGACAUGUUUGAAUACGAUGAUCCUAUUGGCUCGUUCCUGGAAAAUCCCAAGAUGCAUAUCGAGCAUGUUAUCAAGCAUAACAUGUUUAAGGAUAACUUGAAUCUAAUCAAGAAUGGCAUGUUCUUUGAUCUCGGUUUACGAACAGCCGACUACCACAAACCCCAAGUAUUCAAAGACGCCAUUUUGGACAUAAGCGAUAAAUUUACUCUAGUUCUGAUAUACGAACACCUUGAUGAAUCGCUAGUGAUGUUAAAACGAAAGCUCUGCUGGGAACUAGACGAUUUGUUGUACUUAAAAUCGUACUUCAUUGAGAAAACAAGCUAUAGAAACUUUACCGAAGCUCAAAGGGAACAACUUCGAAACUGGAGCAAAGCUGAUAGCGCUCUUUAUGAAUAUUUCAAUAGAACUCUUUGGGAGAGAAUUGCCAAUGAGGACAAUUUUGAAGAAGAGCUAGGCCUAUUUAAGGCAAAGCAACGACAGAUUGAAGAAGAUUGUGAAGAUGCUACAGUUGAUGAUGGCGUCUUCGACUCGGACGAGACAUCAUCGCCUGGUACCGAGAAAAUGAAUAAAUAUCUUUGUCACAAAAUGACUAUGUCGGCAGGAAACUACUUGGAAUAUUUUCGAACUAAAUUUGCUGUGCGAAAACAUGGGAAAAGCUACACAAGUGGUUAGUUAGAAAAGACUUGAAGAGACAUCCAUUCUCUCUGCUAUCCCAACCCCCCUCCCCAGGUUUCUCCAUGUCUCGCUCUACGCGUUAUAAAGUAUUCACUACAAGGCUUUUCUUUGACCUUUUUAUUAGAUUUUUAUUUAAUGGACAUUUAUAUUAUUAUUAUAAUUUUCUAAAGCUUGCUGCAAGAAUGAUAAUAAGACACGUAUUUCGUUUUAUUUAUAAACAAAGAUCAACAAUGAUUCAACGUAUACUCAGCGUGACAAGACAGGAUGUUCGUAUAUGAUGGUUUUAAUUUUCAAGAUCACCACCCCUUUUCUUUCCGUUCUUUGCAAUAGUAGUGAGUAUCCUCACAAAAGUAUCCUUGCGAAUUGUUUUGUAUACUAGGAGAAAAGGAGCAUUUAUUAUCACUAUAAAAUUCAAAGGGACGCAUGCGCAAACGUUUCUCUCUCGUUGCGCUAUUCACUCA